AUCUGGGACCGUCGGGGACUGCGGUGAUAAACAAAUACACGCAGCGGACUGGUUAGUACCUAGUGGAGCCCUGUAGCAUCGCUUCUGCACCGUCGCCGGACUCUCGGGGACUUUAUCCUUCCUCUCCCUCCCUCCCUCCUUCCCCCGGAGUCGGCUUAUGUGACACAUUAACGUCCCGGCGGCGGAACGAGCGAAACAUGACGGAGCUGAGGAAGCGAGGCGGAGGCGGAGGCGGAGGAGACCCUGACAGCACAGAGAAUAUCAGCGACAAGGAGGCCGAGGGCGAUGACAGGCUGGGCCUGCAAGGUGAUGCAGAGGGAGAAUGUGAUGGUGACUCCAAAGCAGACACUCCAGAUGUUCCUCUCUCCACAGCAGACACAGACAACACUCCGCAAUGCCUGAACAAAGCUCUGGAGGGCCUGCCACCCAGAUGGAAGAACUACUGGAUACGAGGCGUUCUGUCUUUAGCCAUGAUUUCAGGCUUUUUCCUCAUCAUCUAUAUGGGACCCGUCACUCUUAUAUUAGUGGUCAUGAGUGUCCAAAUCAAGUGUUUCCAAGAAAUCAUCACCAUUGGCUACAGGGUUUACCAUUCCUAUGAGCUGCCCUGGUUCAGGACUCUAAGCUGGUACUUCCUGAUUUGCGUCAACUACUUCUUCUAUGGUGAAACCGUAGCGGACUACUUCGGGGCUCUGGUGCAGAGGGAGGAACCUCUGCAGUUCCUGGCUCGCUAUCACCGCUUCAUCUCCUUUGCUCUGUACCUCGCAGGGUUCUGCAUGUUUGUGCUGAGUUUAGUGAAGAAACAUUACCGCCUGCAGUUUUAUAUGUUUGCUUGGACCCAUGUGACCCUGUUGAUUGUGGUAACUCAGUCCCACCUUGUCAUUCAGAACCUGUUUGAAGGAAUGAUCUGGUUCAUUGUCCCCAUCUCCAUUGUGAUCUGCAAUGACAUCAUGGCCUAUCUGUUUGGAUUCUUCUUUGGGAGGACUCCACUGAUCAAGCUCUCACCCAAGAAAACCUGGGAGGGCUUCAUCGGAGGUUUCUUCUCCACUGUGGUUUUUGGCUUCAUUCUGGCCUACCUCCUGUCUCAGUUCCAGUACUUUGUGUGUCCCGUGGGCUUCAACAGUGAGACCAAUGGGUUUACAGUUGAAUGUGAGCCCUCUGAUAUCUUUGUGAUGCAGGAGUACACUCUUCCCACUGUGGUACAGAACACACUGAGAUGGAAAACAGUGAACCUGUACCCCUUCCAGAUCCACAGCAUCUUCCUCUCCUCCUUUGCGUCUCUCAUCGGACCAUUUGGCGGCUUCUUUGCCAGCGGCUUCAAGCGAGCCUUCAAAAUCAAAGACUUUGCCAGCACCAUCCCCGGCCACGGCGGCAUCAUGGAUCGAUUCGACUGUCAGUACCUGAUGGCCACCUUCACACACGUCUAUAUAGCCAGCUUCAUCAGCUUCUGGCAGCCGUGACGCAAGAGGAAAAUCCCAUCGCGUCAGUAACCACACUGGGCUCCUAAUAAAGACAUGAACAGUAUCACUGCAGUAUGUUAAUGAUGGCAUCAGCAGGCUAUUGAGUUCGUUUCAAAUGUAUAUACAGUGUAUGUUUUCACUCUGAAAAGAGUAGAAAGGACUGACUGUCACAUAGAGCAAUAAAACAAACUUAGUAGCUACAACCAAAAGUGACAAGUCCAUAAUGUCACAGCAGAAAACAAAUCUCGUCUCUCUGCCUCCGUAGACUAGACUGUGCACCUUCGCUCACAGCAGCCACUCGGACUAUUUUACCAGCCAGCUUCACUUCUAC